UUCGACCCUUUCUCGCCUUUCGUCCUCACAUCAUCACGCGAGGCUCUCCUAAGCCAUUGCAGGGGUGUUUUCUAAAAGAGCCAUCGCAGACUGAGAUAGAGCAUUUUCUUUUUUGGCAAAAUUAAAAAAGAAAAAAAUGGCAGUUUCCAAGGUUUCUUUCGUGGCUGUAUUUGCGGGCCUUGUUUUUACUUUGGUUGCCUUGCCGGCUGCUGUUCAGGCACAGUCCUCUGCUCCCGCCCCUGCCCCAACGAGCGACGGGACGUCUAUUGACCAAGGGAUUGCAUACGUGCUGAUGCUGGUGGCAUUGGUGCUCACAUACCUCAUUCACGCCGCUGAUCUCUGCUUCACUUUUUGAGCCUGCAAAUUUCAAAGACUGAAAUGGGGUUGUGACAUUUUAUUUGUUAUUUAUAGGGAGAGAAGGAUGGAUGAUGUGUAACCAAUUCAUGGCUCGUCGUCUGAUACAUACAUGCGAGAGUACUAAAGGGUUAUAGUUAGAGAAUGAGUUUGACUUCAGACGAAUCAUUGCUGUGGAUUUUGAGAAUGAAAAUGUUUAUGUUUUGUGGUC